AUGAGGUCCAUGACUACGAGAGCAGGGUUAUGCCCACUCCUUCGCUGGCGAGUAAUCCAGUUCCUCGUUCGAUCUUCUCGGGUCCUCCAAGUUUCGCCCAUGGUCAAGUACUCGGCGUUAACACUGUUCGCGGACCGCUUUUACCCCGCUCUUACCAGUCUUGAAGAUGGCAAGGGCACUGAAAACUGGCUUCUGCAUCCAAUUGGAGAAAGCAAUUUACAGUUGUUUGCUCUUAUUUCUUUGUGGGUCACUAGCAAACUACAUGAUACACCUCCCCUGUCGGUGAAAAGCUUGAAAUUGUUGUCCGAUAAGUAUAUCAAGGAACAACAUUACACAAACGGGGAUCUGUUGGAAGCUUUUGUAGAGAAGGUUCUGAAAUUUGGGAUUGGCACGUCAAAUAUUGCUUUUGUAUUGGUUGAAGAGCUUAUCGCUCAAUUGACUGUUGUUGCUCGCGUUGGUGAGCAUGUGAAAUUUGAAGCUUGUAUGGAUGUUAUGGAUCUGCUCUAUGAGUGUGAAGAGAUGACACCACUUUUUCACAGCUCUCCCCAGGCUCUAGCUGCAUCAGUAGUGGUUGUUGCUUAUGUUAUUACAGUACCAUUGCAGAUGUGGGAGUUUCCAGUCGUCCCUUGGGUCGUGUUUGCUAGCACGUGCAAAGAAAUGGAGCUCCUGGACCGCAUCAAAAUCAUUCUAAAGCAUAUAUUCGAGCAUUGA